UCGAUUCCUGUGCCGUGAUUAGUGAAAGUCGCUUUCGGAAACGAACACAGCACUUCCUAAUGAUAGUCGAACUCCUUGCGCUACUGGAUCACUAUCUUUGCUAGACUAGAAGUUAUAUUAAUGGCUUUUCCAUCGCCCACGAAUCAAGACGUGACGAAAAAGAUAUUGGAAGACAUCCAGAUAAAGAAACAGCUUCUGCAGAAGGGAGUGAAUUCCAACUGGCCUGGUUUCGGAAACCUGUACACGCCGUCGUCGUUGUUCCAGCUGACACAGUACACACCAAAUACGGGACAACCGAACGAGAGCAACUUGAAUAUCGCCAAGGGCGUCUGGAGUCAGGCCAUCAACCAAUCGUUCGGCUUUUUCGUUCCGCAGGAUUCGCUGUUCGGCAACAACAUUUUGCCGGUGCUGCCACGGUACGAUAAUCCCGCUAUCCACUACACUAGCACACCGAAGUUUUAA